AUGACACACCCUUCCUUCCGGCACGAAGAUUACACGGUGGGAUGGGUAUGCGCCCUCCCGAUUGAGUUGGCUGCUUCGCGGAAGAUGUUGGAUGAGAGGCAUCCAGAUCUCCCUCGGAAUAACGAUGUCGAUAGCAAUCUUUAUACGUUGGGCCGUAUAAGUCAGCAUAAUAUUGUCAUGGCAUGCCUUCCUAAAGGCUUGCCAGGAACCACCUCAGCUGCUACGGUUGCGAUUCAAAUGAAGUCGGCGUUUCCUUCCAUCCGUUUUGGCUUGAUGGUGGGCAUUGGAGGUGGAGUUCCUAGUGCCAGUUUCGAUAUCCGACUCGGCGAUGUUGUCGUCAGCCAGCCGCAUAUGGGCCAUGGCGGAGUGGUGCAAUAUGAUUUUGGAAAGACAAGACCAAAUGAGUUCGAGCGAACGGGUUUUCUUAACUGUCCUCCCACCGUUCUACUUAAUACGAUUUCAGUCGUACACGCCAACCAUCUUACUGGGGAAAGUCGGCUUGCCGAAUUUCUAUCAUGCCUCAGCAACCUGCCAGUAUUCGCUCCUCCUCACUCAGAGCCUGAUGAUUUGUUUAUGGCGAGCUAUCAUCACAGCUAUGGAGAGACUUGCGGUGAGUGUAGCAAGAGGAUGUUAGUAAUGCGGCCCUCUCGGGCUGAAGAUACUGUCGUCCAUUUCGGAACAAUAGCAUCUGGCAAUCAAGUAAUGAGAGACGGAGUUGUUCGCGACAAACUCAGCUCACAGCUCGGAGGCGUUCUUUGUUUCGAAAUGGAAGCGGCUGGAUUGAUGCAUGAGUUUCCAUGCCUUAACAUUCGAGGUAUCAGCGAUUAUGCCGACUCGCACAAAAACAAGAAAUGGCAAGGCUAUGCAGCAGCGACGGCCGCUGCCUGUGCCAAAGAUAUUUUAUCGGUCAUACCUGCUCGCGAAAUACGGACGACGCCGACUGUCGAUGAGGCUAUCAGUAGCCACGAGCCCGUUCCUCCUCGUCUCAACAAAAGCUAUUCAGAAAUGUUCGCGCACGACCAAUCCGAAUAUCACUUCCCGCGCCCCAUCACACCCAGCGUGCCAGCUAUGCACGAGAAGUGUUUGGAUUGUGGCAAAAUCAACAUUACCCUCAGUUCGAGCACACCUGUCCAAAAGCCGGAUGCGGCAUGA